AUGCACGGUUUGCACCUCCCACGACCCGCCAAGUGCGACUCGCUUCCACCCGUGCCGUCGUCGUCGUCCGCCGCGCCUCCCAAUCCUCAUCAGCCCUCGCAGACUUCGGGGCACUCAACUCGCCGCAUCCCGCCUAGGAACUUCUCUGAACUGCGUGCGCAGGCGCGGAUAGUCAGGGGCGAGCGGAAGAGCCCGUUCCUGCGCAAGACUACGGCGGGGAAGGAGCGGGAUCUUAAGGAGUUGUCCGUCGAGCAGCUUUCGGCGAUGUUUGAGCGGAACGCGCGGCUCCUGGACAGUCCCGACACCUUUGCCAACCUCCCAGGCGGCGACUCACGCUUGCGAAACCAACAAGAACGCAUUCGAUCCCGCCUCCACGACCUGCAAAGCAUGUCGCAGAUCAAGCAAGAGCUCGCGUCGACUCACCUCGAGUCAGAGGAGGAGCGCAAGGUCAAGAAGGAGGAGGACGAGCGAGAUGGACGGGGAGAAAUGGAGGGUGUCGUAGAGGACGGCCCGGCCGAAGAGGCUAUUUCGCCCAGCGCUAAGCGAAGAAUAGCUGCACAAGUGCUGUCCAAUGCCCCCAACUCGCUCUCCCUCGAAGAAUCGAUGUCGCUUCAACGACAAGCGGCUGAACGAGCGCGGAAAGCCGCCGAACGACGCGAGCAGAAGAUGGAGCUCGAUGCGAAGCGGCCCGAGAAGACAGGCGAGCUGUUGAAGGGCGCGUUGGGCGUCGACUCGGCUUUGAGC